AUGCUCGGCAUUGAUGUCGAGAACCCUUUGAACCGGUUGCCUACUGAGUCAUUAGUCCGCAUGGACGAGGACUAUCGCAAUGCCGACCAUGGCUCAAAAAUAUUUAGCGGCUUUACAGUCGGCGAAAUCGAGGCACUGGGCAACUUUCCGGACUACGCAAAGCUAUCGGGCGUUGCGGAACCGUCGCCCCUCGUUGGGUUCGACAUCGACAGCGCCGCUCCGCGGCCAUAUCGGCCCUUUAGAUGGCCUUACCACCAAACCAUGUCGUUUCAAAAAAUGGACCCAGACUACUGGAUUGAGUUGGAGAGCACCUACCGGGAACGGAUAGCGCAGCGGCUCGCUCUGUACACCAAGCACGGGUCAGACGUGUUGCAGGCACUGCCGGGCUCGGAGCUGGCGUGUAAGGAACUCAUGGAGAUGAUGCUCCAGUACAUGUGCACGCGAUACCCAGAAUGCUUCCGCCUGGACAAAAGUAUCUUCUACAACAACAUUCUCGACACGCGCACUGACCUGGACAAACUGCAUCCGCUUCUUGUCUUGCUGGAGCAUGUACCGGAGGACUUUGCCAUUACUCUGCGCAACGAGGAGACAGGGCGCUACCACUUGAGAGCAGGCGUGGUUCUUUCCACCCUCGGCUGGAAACUCAGUCAAAAGAUGGGCCUGGAGCUCGGCGGCGUCCACGCACCUGUACCUAGCUACAAAGAAAAGAUGGCCUUUAGCAUGGACCGCUUCUUCACGAAAAUGCCCGCAUGGAGCCCGAUUCAAAGGGGAUCCUGGGGCCUGGAAAUUGGGCAGCCGCUCUUCCUCCCCGAGGACCAUCCGGACUGGUCGCAUCGCGAGUCACAGAACCCAGACCUGCACCGUGAUGAUGUGUUUUUGCGCGCAGACUGGCAGACACUGCGUCGAAUGCCCCUUUCGGGCGGAAUCGUCUUCAACUUCAAGGCGCUAUUCACCCCUCUCGAGCAGUUCAAGGACGAACCGUGCAUUCCAUCGCUGAUUCUCAAGAUUUUGGAUCAAGGAGAACAAGGCAUCAUGAAGUAUAAGGCGACGUGGCAUGUGGAGCACGUGGCGCGCCCGGCGCUCGAGCAGUACGCGCGUUCUCAGAUCGAGCGGGGAAUUAUGACAAAGAACUGGACGGAGCAAACGUUAGAUGAGUAUCCAUUUUACCCCGGAUAUAACAAAGGUCAUUGA